UAGUUGCAGCAACCACCGCGUCGCUCUCAAAUACCAGAAAUUUCAGAAGACGACUCAUUACGACUGUAGAAUAAUACUAAGCCGAAAAACUCGCCGGAGAGCCACCAUGUGCUGCGACGAUGACUGCCGUCCUCUCGGUUUCCUCUUAGGCCUCCCUUUCGCCUUCCUCUCUCUCCUUCUCUCCAUCGUCGGCGUCGUCAUCUGGAUCGUCGGAUUGUUGUUAUCAUGCAUAUGUCCUUGUUGCUUAUGCGUGACUAUACUGGUGGAGAUGGCUUUAGGGUUGAUCAAAGCCCCAAUUCAUGUUAUGGAAUGGUUCACAUCCACUAUACCUUGUUGAUCUUCUUCUAGAUUUGUUCUUCUUCUUCUUCCAUGUAAAUAAAUAAUCCACUUUCUAUUGUUACAGAUUUUAUCUUGUUAUUGGAUUUGAUUUUCAUGUACUGGUGAAUAAAAAAACUGAGCUUUGCUGCCUCUGAUUUUA